UUAUAACAAAUAGCUCUGUAAAAUAUUUGUAGCAAUGAGCAGGAUAGAAGCUUAGAAAAGACUACUCAAAGACCAUUUAUUGCACCAAACAUGGAAAUGAUCAACACUCUGCUUGAGUACUUUAGGCUCUACACGAGAAUCGCUGUUAAAACCUCUGGGAAUGUUAUAGAGGGCCUUAGUGUUAGUGGGGAGUCGAACACGAGAUCUGGUACUUCUCGAAACGAGCACUCAUUAAGAGUUUCACCGUUAGAUUAUAUGAACUUUGCCAAAUAAUUUCAGUUGAAUAAGGAGUUGCUGAUGCCAACAGUAUAAUUCACCCUAUCAGAAAUAUUAUCUCACAUUUAUUUACCUUUUUUCUCUCACAAUAUAUGGAUUUUGAGACACCAGUGAUUGGAGAAGAUUAGAAUACUUACCACCAUGAAAAUUUCAAUAUUUUAGGUAAAAUCCAAAAUAGUUAAGGAGCUCAAUUGAAAUUUUGUGGACCUCUAUUCUGUUGGCAAACGCUGCUCCCUCCACCACCUGAACCAGCGAUUUGAACCGGGUUGGUUUUUUCUGAAUGGGCCCGUCUCUGUCGUCUUCCCUUGCUGCUGCUACAAACCGUUCCCUCUCCCUUUCUCUCUGUUUCGCCCACAAACACACAAAAAAACACAAACUUUGCUCUCCCCUGAAGGAAUACCGAUCCCCCGUCUCUCUCUCUCUCUAGUUUUCUAAUAAAAGUUCGGAACUUUUUGCGAUACAUGGAUGGUGAAGCCAGAUAUAGAUAUGGUUUAUGUGGUGGUGCUACGGGAACCUGCGGCCUGGUUAAUUGAGACGUGAAUCCUUUUUUGUUUUUGGGUUCUCGUCUUCUGGGUGAAGAAGAAGAAUUUUUUUUUUGUUUCUGAUUGUCUCUUCCCCUUCUGCAGGUAUGUUGUAUUUCUGGGUUCUCUUUGAUUUUGUGUAUGCUCUCUUGGGUCGUAAUUCUGUUUCUGUCUCGGCAAAUGGGGAGAAAACUUGUUGAAGAAGUUUUUUUCUCGUUUGCAUGCUGUGAUACGCUUCUUUUUCUCGUUUUAUGAUAGAAUUUGUUUCUUAAUGGUUUGGCGAUGGUAUAUGUUUGAUUGGUUGCGAUUCGGUUUUGGUGGUCAGUGUUUCAUUGAAUUUUUCGACAAUGUAAAUCGAGAACACUGGGUUGUGAUUGAAUCUUAUUGAUUCAGGGAUUGGGUUCUGUGUGUUUCAUGCAAAGCUGAGGGGAGAGACCUGCAAAAAUCACAUUUUGUUUACCUGCUGAGUUAGAGCUUUGAUUCUGCUCCUGGUUCUGAGAUCGUGAAAGGACAUUUGGUGGCAUUAAUUAUUUUCUUGGGUGUUGUCUAGGGUACAACUGAGAAUCGUUUGAAGUUCUCCGCGGAAGGCUAAUUCGCGGAGAUGACGAGUUAUUUAGGUGUUCAAGUCUCUGAUCCAACGCUCCAGAAUCAAUUCACGCAGGUGGAGCUUCGUGGCCUCAAAUCUAAAUUUACUGCAGUGAAGAAUGAGAAAGGCAAAGUUACAGUUGGAGAUUUGCCAUCUUUGCUGGUGACGUUAAAAGCCUUUGCUUCAACAUUCAAGGAGGAAGAAGUUGCAGGCCUCUUAGCUCAAUCCUUCCCUGACUCGACUGCCGAUAUAGACUUCGAAGGCUUUCUCAGGGUGUACUUGAAUUUACAAGGUCAAGCUCAUGCUAAAGCAGGGCAUUCAAAAACAUCCUCAUCAUUCCUCAAGGCAUCAGUAACCACUCUGCUUCACACUAUUAGCCACUCUGAGCGAGGAUUAUAUGUAGCUCACAUAAACAGUUACCUUGGCGAUGACCCUUUCCUGAAGCAGUUUCUUCCCUUGGAUCCAGCAACUAAUGAUUUAUUUGAUCUUGCAAAGGAUGGGGUUCUUCUAUGUAAGCUUAUCAAUGUUGCUGUGCCUGGGACUAUUGAUGAGCGGACUAUCAACUGUAAAAAGGUUCUUAACUUGUGGGAGAGGAAUGAGAACCAUACUCUUUGCCUCAACUCUGCAAAGGCUAUUGGUUGCACUGUGGUUAACAUUGGUGCACAGGACUUGGUGGAAGCAAGACCUCAUCUUUUGCUCGGUCUAAUUUCUCAGAUCAUAAAGAUUCAAUUGUUAGCAGACCUUAACCUCAAGAAGACACCUCAGCUCAUUGAAUUGGUGGAGGACAACUCUGAUGUUGAGGAGCUCAUGAGCUUGGCCCCUGAAAAGCUUUUGUUGAAAUGGAUGAAUUUCCAUAUAGGCAAAGCAGGCUAUGAAAAACGUGUUACAAACUUCUCUUCGGACUUGAAGGAUGGACGGGCUUAUGCCUACCUUCUUAAUGUUCUUGCACCAGAGCACUGCAAUCCAGAUACAUUGGACGCAAGUACUGCGCUUGAGAGGGCCACACUAGUACUUGAUCAUGCUGAGAAAAUGGGCUGCAAGCGGUAUUUGAAACCAACUGAUAUUGUUGAAGGCUCAUCGAAUCUGAAUCUUGCAUUUGUAGCACAAAUAUUUCAUCGAAGGAGUGGCUUGAGUACAGAUGGCAAAAAGUAUGCUUUCGCAGAGAUGAUGACAGAUGACGUCCAAACAUCCAGGGAAGAGAGGUGCUUUAGAUUGUGGAUCAAUAGCCUUGGAGCUGCCUAUUGUAAUAACGUGUUUGACGAUGUUAGGAAUGGGUGGGUACUUCUUGAAGUACUUGACAAGAUUAAACCUGGGUCGGUUAACUGGAAGCAUGCCACAAAACCUCCCAUCAAAAUGCCAUUCAGGAAAGUGGAGAAUUGCAAUCAGGUCAUACAGAUUGGGAUGCAGUUGAAAUUUUCACUUGUUAAUGUAGCUGGCAAUGAUAUCGUGCAAGGAAAUAAGAAACUCAUACUCGCUUUCUUGUGGCAGUUGAUGAGAUAUUCCAUGCUUCAACUUCUGAAGAACUUGAGAUCACACUCUCAAGGGAAGGAAGUAACUGAUGCAGAUAUCUUGCAUUGGGUGAACAAAAAAAAUCGAAGUAUGGGGAGACCUUCCCGGAUUGAGAAUUUCAAGGAUAAGAGCAUAUCAAAUGGGAGAUUCUUCCUUGAGCUUCUAAGUUCUGUGGAACCAAGAGUAGUAAACUGGAAUCUUGUCACGAAGGGUGAAAGUGAGGACGAAAAAAGACUGAAUGCUACAUACAUUAUUAGCGUGGCCAGGAAGCUUGGUUGUUCCAUUUUCUUGUUGCCAGAAGACAUCAUGGAGGUGAACCAGAAGAUGAUUCUGACGCUAGCGGCGAGCAUCAUGUACUGGAGCCUUCAAAAAGCAGUGGAGGAAGGGGAGUCGCUAUCUCCGGCACCUUCCAGUUGCAACACAUGCCAUGCUACACCUGACGCAUCCCCGGCGCCUUCAGUUUGUGGUGAAGAUGAAACCUCUUCCAUCACCGGCGAUGUCUCAGGCUUGACCCCGACACCUUCAGUUUACGGUGAGGAUGAAACCUCUUCCAUCACCGGCGAUGUCUCAAGCUUGACCCCGGCACCUUCAGUUUGUGGUGAAGAUGAAAGCUCUUCCAUCACCGGCGACGUCUCAAGCUUGACCAUCGACGAUGCAGCCUCAGACACCGCAGUUUCCUCAUCUCAUCUUGACAAAGAAGAAAUCACCUCUGCAGGAGGAGAGUGAUCUCGACCCAAAAAAUGUAAAGAGAAAAGAAACUCAAACUGAAGUCAAACGGGGUUUUGUGAUAUACAAGGCAUAUACAUGUGCAGUAAAAAGAAGAAAAGUGACGGAAGUCCAUAAUAUCAUCCUUCAGUCAGAAUCUUAACUGUGAAAAAAAGUGAGAUAAAAAAGAAAAGAAAAGAAAUGAAUAGGGAGGGAAGCGUGGGGAUGAAGAAAAGGAAACACCAAUUUUGUAGUUGCAUUUCAUUUCUCAUGAAAUAAUAUGACAGAAACCAGCUUGGCUUCUUUUCAUUUGCAAAGUAGGAUUGUAAUAUGCAUCAUUCUUUGGACAAGAUUGAACUUGUUGACAGAAACAAGUUUGGCUUCUUUUCAUUUGCAGAAUAGGAUUGUAAUAUGCAUCAUUCUUUGGGCAUGAUUGAACAUCAUGUCGUCAACAUAAUAAAAUCGGAAUUCUCCGGUUGCUUCGCUUACAAGAAACAGCAAUAGAAUGGUGAAUUCCCAAAGAGAUAAGUUACAUGAUUCAUCCUCAAGGUUGUGAUCUUUUACAUUCUUUCCUUGCUUAGAUCAAUGGUUCUCUUUCUGUUGGAUUUUCAAUGUGUCGAUGUAAGCCUUGCUGUCAAGCUGGCGUAAGAAGAGGCCAUUGUAGAACUCUCUUAUAGUCACCUUCUUGAACGCAGCAGGCGUCUCUUUGGUGACCAAGCUAGCAGCAGGACCGAUUUCACCGUCAUACUUUGGAGAAUGGAAGCAAGCAAUUGACAGCAUUUCCUUUUCAGAAUUCACCGUUGCACGAUGCUUGAUGCUACGGUAUGCUCCACUGGUAGUGAUCUGCAAACAGCUAAGUGUUCAGCACAUACAGGAGAAAAAGAACUUCCCACUAUGCUGGAUGCCGUUUUCAGUAUUUAAGUUUCUUUACCUCAGAAUGGCCUCCUUAUAUUGUUCUUUUAGUGGGCUAAUGGUGUCGAUCGGUGAAUCCAAAGUUGGCUCAAGAGGGCAAUUUUUUGGCGACUGGUGUCAGGUCGAUCACUGGUAGUAGUGCAGUGCAGUGCAGCUCUAUUUGGAAAGACCCACCAGGUGUUUCAAGGGCAGGACAUAAAUUAUUUAUAGUGCAUUUGGGUUCAUUUAGGUCUAAUCCAAUACUGAGAUCAUAUAAUAAUUGAGUCAAAUUGUCCAACAAAACAAUUGAUUGUCAUCCCUAGUUGUUGGGCCGCAUAGUUGAGGUACUUGGGCUUCGUGCCCAAGAGAGGGGGAUUUUUCCAGAAAUAGCACUGUUUAAAAUUUUUUUCCUAAAAUAGCACCUAAGUCCGAAAAAUUCCAAAAAUAGCACCCUUUUCCAAAAACCGCCAUCCAGGGGCGCGUUUUUCGAUGAAAACCGCACCCCCAGGGUGCGAUUUGCUUUUUUUUUUUUUUUUUUGUUGAAAAAUCCUAACCUAGGUGGAAACUUCAAACGGACGUAUCUUUGUGUUCAGGUAUCCAAUCGUCGCAAAAUUUUUUUUGAUUCCGCAUAACUUUUUGAGAUCUUGCAAGCCAAAGGUGGUUUGGUCCCGCCUUCAUCCCAAAAAAUGUCGUUUGCUACCCCGAACGAGCUUUUUUCCGAUUUCGUCAAACUUUGGACAACCAUAACUUUGUGCUCCAAAAUCCAAACAACAUGAAUUUUUUUUUAUUUCGCAUAACUUUUUAAGGACUACAACUUUUAUCAUAGACACAAUUUCAAAAUGUACGUGGAUUGCUGAGAAGGAAAGGUAAGCUAUUCCCAAAAUCCUGUAUAUCCAAAAAUAAUUCCUGUUUUGAAAAUUCAUUAUAGUAAAAAUUGUAGUCCUUAAAAAGUUAUGCGAAAUAAAAAAAAAAUUCAUGUUGUUUGGAUUUUGGAGCACAAAGUUAUGGUUGUCCAAAGUUUGACGAAAUCGGAAAAAAGCUCGUUCGGGGUAGCAAACGACAUUUUUUAGGACAAAGGCAGGAUCAAACCACCUUCGGCUUGCAAGAUCUCAAAAAGUUAUGCGGAAUCAAAAAAAAAUUCGCGACGAUCGGAUACCCGAACACAAAGAUACGUCCGUUUGAAGUUUCAACCUAGGUUAGGAUUUUUCAAAAAAAAAAAAAAACAACAGAUCGCAUGGUGGGGGUGCGGUCUGCCAAACCGCCCCCUAGGGGUGCGGUUUUCAUCGAAAAACGCGCCCCUGGGUGGCGGUUUUCGCUUAAACCGCACUGGUAGGGAGCGGUUUUUCAGAAAGGGUGCUAUUUUUGGAAUUUUUCGGAGUUGGGUGCUAUUUUUGGAAAUUAUUUUUUUAAAAGUGCUAUUUCUGGAAAAAUCCCAAAGAGAGGUGAGUCAGCAAUUAAGGCCCAAUAAGGAGGCCAGGCCCGAUCGAAAGACCGUGUCAGCGGGCGGUCCUUGACCGACUGCAAACCCGAGAAAUAGAUAAGGGCGCCUGAC